AUGAAGGAUUUAUUAAAACAGUCUUGUCGUGGCAUUUGGAACAUAAAUCAACAAGAAAUUUUGAUGGGAGGCUUUAAUUUGGAUCUCUUUAAAACGGAAUUUGUAUUAGUUUCAGAUAUAAAGAGGGGGGAAGGUAAAACUGUCCGAUGGUUUAGUGCAAGGGAGGAUAACUCUAACAUUCCUAUUGGUGACAGAUCAACAAAAAGGCUAAAUGCAGCCAUGUUUGGGUCUAACCAAAACAACAAACUACAUGAUUCCUAUCAUAGUAGUGCACAGCCAACAUUUCCAGUCUUGAAACUACAUUCCCCAUCAAUGGAAAAAGAGAAUGCUACAUUCGACCAUGAAACCAUGACCAAUGGCUCUUUGAAUCCAGAACAGCAGUCAUUCCUGAAAUCAUUUGGGGAAUUAUCCUGUCAUUGUUCAAACUACAGCCAUUGUCACCAGAGUAACAUUCCUUCAAAAGCUAACUCUUAUCACCAACAAACUACCUCCGUACGGAAACUUUCAGGGGAUCCGAUGAGCCAACAGAAUCAACAACGUAAUACCCUUAAUGAAAUUUCUCAUUUGGAUAUUGUUCAGAGGAAUGGUGAAAGUAUUCUACUCCACCAAGACUGUUCUUCACAGAAGCUGCAGCAUCACCCAAAUGUUCUAUGUACCUCAGACUCCUCAAAACAUUCUUUGAAUAACAGUUUACUGUGUAACGAUGUUGAACCAACCAAACAGUCAAAUGCUGUGAUUGAAAACGUAGCUAUCACCCAAAGUUCAUUAAAAUCUCAGAAAUCUCACCUGCCUCUUUGUAUAUAUUCUCGAGGGAAAUUAAACUGUGUCUCUCAAAAAAAGAAGAUAAGUGCAACAAAUUCUACAAAGUAUGGAGUAAGUCCCAAAAGAUUUCGCAAAUGUACUGAGGAAAUGGGAAAAUGGUUUCUAGAAUUUAAUGAUGAACAGAAAAAUAUUUUUCUGAAAGGGUUGUUGAAAGGUUGUGAGUUACCUCAGUUACAUUUGCUUUCUGUGAAAAUGGAGCCUAAUUUGCAUCGAGGCUGUCCUCCAAAUUGCCAAGAUAUCAUUACUUGGUUACCAACUAAUUUAGCCACUAAAAUCAUGUCAUUUCUAGAUCCUGUGACUCUAUGCCGUUCUUCACAAGUUUGCAAAAUUUGGCGCCGAAUUGGUGAGGAUCCUACUUUCUGGCGUCGGUUUUGUUGCCAGCCAAAAUGGCAACUGUCUAAAUUGGCAGAACAUAAGCAAGUGAUCAAUCAUAUGUCCCCUGAAGGUUGCAUUCAGUGGAAGAGAGUUUUUGCUGAGCGGUUUCGAUUGCGAAAUAACUGGUUAAAAGGGCGUUGCACAGUCAGGACUUUUGAGGGACACACUCAAGGUAUUUCUUGUAUUCAGUUUGAUGAUACACGAAUCGUUAGUGGAUCGUCAGACAAAACUAUUCGGGUCUGGAAUAUUCGAACAAAUGCUCCUUGGUCAGUUCAAACAUUAGUUGGCCAUAGUGGGACUGUACGGUGUUUGCAUUUAGAAGGCAACCGUCUUGUGAGUGGUUCUUCCGACAAAACAAUAAAAGUUUGGGAUUUAUCAACCCAAGACAGAUGGUCCAGUAUAGCGUGUAAAGUGACGAUGGUAGGCCAUUUGGAUACAGUAAGGUGUUUACAGGCAGACGACGAGAAGUUAAUAAGUGGCUCUUAUGAUAAAACACUGAAAGUAUGGGAUAUUCGAACAGGAGAAUGUAAAAUGAAACUCAGGGGCCAUUCAGCUGCUGUUCUAUGUGUACGCUUCAAUGAGUCAAAAAUUGUAUCUGGCUCGGCAGACAAAACAAUCAAGGUUUGGAAUUUUGAUGCUAACUGUAUCAUGACAUUGGAUGGUCAUCAAAAUGCUGUCACUUGUCUGCAGUUUGAUUCGACUCGAAUUGUUAGUGGGUCGCUUGAUUGUAACCUCAAAUUUUGGGACAUUCACACUGGAGUGUGUGUUAACACUAUUGACUGGAAAGCUGCUGAAGGACACACGGGUGUAGUCAGAUGUCUCCAAGCUGAUUCCUGGAGGGUUGUAAGUGCUGCUGAUGACAAAACUAUCAAAGUAUGGAACUUGGAGACAGGAAAACGACUGAUAACUCUACGAAAUCAUUCUGAUGGUGUCACUUGUUUGCAGUUUAGUGACUUCAUUAUAGUGUCUGGUUCCUACGAUAAAACAGUAAAGCUUUGGGACUUCAGUUGUUGCUGACGAGAACAUUUAUUUAAUGUCUUCAAACUUAUGUGUGUAUAUGUGUACUUGCACAUGUAUACUUUUUUUUCUGUUCUUGUUGCUCUCUGUUUACUAUCAUCAAACACACACACACACACACACAUAUAUAUAUACAUCUGUCUUUCUUAAUUUACUCCAAGAACAAUUCUUUCUCUAUGAUCUCUGAAGGUCAGUUUUCCAAAUUAAUAUUUCGAAAGCUUUCCAUGAUACUCUUUACCAAUCUUCUUUGAACAAUUUGCUUAGCUACUGAACAAUCAAUGUAGUGAGUUUUGAUAAAUUCUCAACUCUUUCUUUUUGAAAAAUAUUUUAUUUAUAUCAUUUGCCUUAGAACUGGUUUAUUAAACCUCCAUGUUAAUUACUGUCUAAGAUUUUGAUUUAACUUUUUCACUCUCAAAUGUAAUUAAUAGUUGUCUUGUAACUUGUAUUUAACAUUAAUUUUUUGUUACGGUAAUAAGAGCAAUUUUUAUGGUAGCGCCAUCUCAAUAUCAAUUGAUUUCAAGCUUAUCUAUGGUUCUCAUCCAGUUAUUUCCUGCUGGUUACUACUGUUGAUAAUUUAUUGUAAAAUGAAUUGCUAUUUCAUUAAUACUAAUUAAAAUAGCCUUUCUGAGCUUUUCAGUCAACUUCCAUGCCUGUUUAAUAAAGUUUAUAAUGCAAGUUCUCUGUGGUUCAGUUUGGAAAAAGGAUUUCUUUAUGUGAAAAUAUCAAGUGUUCCUCUUGACUUUUCUGCUUUUUCUCCUUUCUCUCUCUCUCUCUCUUUCUCAUAUAUAUAUAUAUUUACAUACAUACACACACACACACACACACACACACACACACACCACUAUGGUGGUGCUCCAGCAUUA